AUGGCGAUGGUUUCCAAUGGCAACGAGUACGACUUUAUCGUCGUCGGUGGCGGCACAGCUGGCAAUGCAGUCGCUGGCCGCCUGGCUGAGAAUCCCCAUGUUCGAGUCCUCAUCGUCGAAGCCGGCGUGCCCAACCCCGACCAAGUCCCCGAGAUCACGACCCCGUCACAGGCAUUUGGGCUUCGCGGCAGCAAGCACGACUGGGCCUACAAGUCGACCAUGAUCAAGCGCGAUGACUACGAGCGCAUUGAGAAGCCUAACACACGCGGCAAGGUCCUCGGCGGGAGCUCGUGCGCCAACUACUUCACCUGGAUCCCUGGAUCCAAGCCCACCUUUGACGACUGGGAGGAGUUUGGCGGCCCCAGCUGGAACUGGGAUGGCUGCGUGGACUACCUCCGCAAGUGUGCCACCUACCACGACGACGAGAAGCUAUACCCGGCCGAGCUGAGUAAGAUCGGCACAGGAGGUCCUGUGAAUAUUGCUCACGCCGAUCUUGUUCCGGAGAUGCAGCCGUUCCGUGAUGCGCUCACCGAGGCGUGGGUCUCAAAGGGCGAGCGGCUGACCGAGGACAUAUACGAGGGCGAAAUGCGUGGCCUCACGCACUGCGUGGACACCAUCUACGACGGCCAGCGUCAGGGUAGCUUCCUCUACCUCAAGAACAAGCCCAACGUCACCAUCAUCUACGGCGUCCGCUCAAAGCAGCUCAUCAUCGAUCCGACCACAAAGACCUGCACGGGCGUCACUGUCGUCAGCGAGGCGUCGAACACCGAGAUUAGCGUCUACGCGAGUCGCGAGGUCAUCCUGUCGCAGGGCGUGUUCGAAACACCAAAGCUGCUCAUGCUGAGCGGCAUUGGUCCUGCAGCAGAAUUGGCCCGACACGGCAUUGAAGUCCAGGUUGACUCGCCUCAUGUUGGCCAGCAUCUCCUCGAUCACCCAAUUGUGCCUUUUGUGCUUCGCAUCAAGGAUGGCUACGGCCUGGAUGACUACAUUCUUCGGGACGGUCCCCUCAAGCAGAACGCAGUUGCCGCCUACAACCGCGACAGGACUGGUCCCAUUGGCUCUGGGCUCUUGGAGCUCGUUGGCUUCCCUCGCAUCGAUGAGCGACUUGAGAAGCAUGAGGAGUACCGCGCCGCCAAGGCCGCAAACGGUGGCUUGGACCCCUUUGGUCCCGCCGGCCAGCCUCAUUUCGAGCUUGACUUUGUCGGCAUGUUCAGCACCGCGUUCCAGUGGCAUUACCCGGUCCCUGAAGAGGGCAGCUACAUGACCGUCAUUGUUGAUCUUCUUCGGCCCCUCUCCGAAGGCGAGGUUACUCUGAACUCGUCCAGCCCUCUGGUGCAGCCCAACAUCAACUUGAACUUCUUUGCCAACGACCUCGAUAUCCUGGCCAUGCGCGAGGGAGUGCGGUGGACCUAUGACCUGCUGAUGACCGGCGCGGGCUUCAAGGAUAUCGUCGUGUCCGAAUAUCCGUGGAAGAUGCCCCUCGAGUCCGACGCGGAAAUGAAGAGGGUUGUCCUGGAUAGAAGCCAGACUGGCUUCCACCCCUGCGGAACUGCACGUCUCUCCAAGUCCAUCCACCAAGGCGUCGUUGACUCCAACCUGCGCGUGCAUGGCGUGAAGAACCUCCGCGUGGCAGAUGCGUCUGUCAUUCCCGUCAUCCCGGACUGUCGCAUCCAAAACUCUGUGUACAUGAUUGGCGAGAAGGGCGCCGACCUCAUCAAGAGCGACCACAAGGAUCUUUACGAGGCGCAGAACAUUCCCUAUCUGGUGUCAAGCAGGCUGUGA